AUGGAAUCGUCCAUUCCAAAAUGCAUUUUAUUCCCUCAAAAUCAUUUCAUUCCCCCUGUUUUUUCCAAUUCCAUUCCCUCUUCACCCGUCAUUAACAACACCACAACCCACCAUCGUUGCCACCACCCACCGUUAUAUGCCGCCGUCACCCACCUCCACCUUCAUCGCCACCCACCACCGCCGCCACCCGACACCACCGCCACCCACCUCCGUCCCUGCCACCGCCAUCGCCGCCACCCACUGUCCCCACUGCCACCUCCGAUCACCGCCACCACCCACCUUCGACCAUCGCCGCUGCCACCUUCGAUCACUGCCGCAGUCGCCACCAACCUCCACCACCGCUAUCAACCGCCACCAGCCACCGCCAUCGCCGCUACCACCUGCGACCACCCACCUCCGCGAUCACCCACCACCGUUGUCACCACCUGCCGUCGUCUCCACCCACCACCACCGCCAACUACCGCCACUGCUACAACUACCACCUAA